GAGGACAUUCCAGUGAUGUAAUAGAUCUGACAAAUAGCACCAUGGGAAAUCUGGGUAGAUAUAACAGUGUGCCAAGAGAGAACCAGAACACUUGCUGACUUGAACAGAGACAGAGGCAGAGGGCUGAAUGCAAAAAUGCUGAGAUAUCAGUGUGUAGUCAUGGCCCUGGUCCUAUAUUUAAAAGGCUCCCUUUCCCAACUCAGUGUAUGUGGUCGUGCACAUUUUAACAGCCGUAUUAUGGGUGGAGAGAAUGCUUCAGAAGGGGCGUGGCCAUGGCAGGUUACUUUACAGAGCCAUGGUAAACAGGACGGCCAUUUCUGUGGAGGAUCCCUCGUCAACAAAGACUGGGUUCUAACAGCAGCCAGCUGUUUCUCCAGGGAAAGAAAGUCUGCUGUGACUGUGUAUUUGGGGAAACAGACUUUCAACGGCUUCAAUCCCAAUCAGAUGAUCAGAUAUGUUAAGGAGGUGAUCCUUCACCCCAACUACAACAGCACAACCAAAAACAAUGACAUUGCACUUCUGCGUCUGCACAGUUCUGUCACCUUCUCAGACUACGUCAGACCAGUGUGCCUGGCUGGACAAGGCAGCCUUUUCCCUGAUGAUGCUAUGAGCUGGAUCACAGGCUGGGGAAACAUGAACUCUACAGUGCCUUUGCCUGGUGUGCUGCAGGAGGCAAUGGUGCCCAUUGCUAAUGCUUAUCUUUGUGAUUAUCUACUGAAUCCUGGAUCCAUUACCACAAACAUGAUCUGUGCUGGUUAUAUAAAUGGAGGCCCAGGGAUCUGCCAGGGGGACUUUGGUGGUCCAUUGGUGACGAAGCUCGGUGCAGCCUGGAUUCAGGCAGGUAUCAUGAGCUGGAGUAAGGGCUGUGCACAGCACAACUCACCUGGUGUGUAUACUCUGGUGUCCCAGUACCAGAUCUGGAUAUCCAGCAUAAUCAAAUCAGACCUUCCUGGAUUUGUCAGGUACCAAUACAGUGGGACGACCGGUGACAGUACUGAUGGAUAACAACAUUUAUUAGUUUACAUGAGAUUGUUUUACUGCACAUGUCUAUAUUUAUUUAUUUUUUUACUGGAGAUGAAGAGAACAGUUUUGAUAUAUAGCUUUUAUCGUAAAGCAGUACUGUAAUUAUGAUAUAAUCCAUUUAUUUUGCAUAAUUAAAUUGUAGACAAAUGAAUUAAUGUCUAGUUGCCAAGUAUUUAUUUCAGUUGUGGACUAUUUGUGAACAAUUUGGGAUAAAUUACAUUUUACCUCAAGCAGGUAUAUUAAUAAAGCUUUUUACUGAAAUAAACGUUUUUUU